UGUCAGCCGCGGCCACGAAUAAUAGAAAACACGGUUUUUAUAUCGUAACAAUUUAGGAAUUGUAUAAAUUGGUAAAACAAUACAAUAAAACAAAUUCUUCAACGCAAUUCUCUAAGUGCAAAUAGAAUAAGUGUAAUUAUCCAUCGAACUAUGUUAUAACUAAGAUGAACUCGGAGUAACAUUCGCGCAUCUUCCGUCGUUGCGGCCGAAAAAUAGUUUAUCGGAAAAAAUAGUGACAAUAAGAUGCCUUUUGUUAAUAUCAAAAAGCAAUAUUUUAUUAUCGGGAUGUUAUUUUUUGUAGUUUUAUUUUUAUUUAAUAGUCGACCUGCAUUUCAAUGCCAAUUUACACCCGAAAUCAUGCCGUAUAUACCAACAAUCUAUGGGAUAACUCCGACAUACGCAAGACUUGCACAAAAAGCAGAUCUCACAAGAUUGUCACAGACUUUGAUGCUGGUGAAGAAUUUCCACUGGAUUGUUAUAGAGGACUCUGGAACGAAAACGAAAUUAGUUGAAAAUCUACUCAAAGACUCUAUGCUCAAGUACACACAUCUUAAUGUUAAAACCCAUAAAUCAAAGCACUCAACGGCAAGUGGUGUUGAACAAAGAAAUGUUGCAUUGAACUGGCUCCGUGAACAUUUACUGAAGAUUCAUGAUACAAAGGGUGUUGUGUAUUUCAUGGAUGAUGAUAAUACAUAUUCCCUGAAAGUUUUUGAUGAGAUGCGAAAAAUAAAAAAAGUUGGAGUAUGGCCUGUCGGUAUUGUGGGUGGAAUGAGAGUAGAAAUGCCACUUGUGACUGAUGGCAAAGUGUCAGGAUACAAUGCUGUGUGGAAGCCAUUCAGACCAUUCCCAAUAGAUAUGGCCGGAUUUGCAAUAAAUGCUACAUUAUUUGUAGACCAUCCCGAGGCAAAGUUUUCAAGGAAGGUUCAGUCCGGUUUUCAGGAAAGUGAGAUUCUCAAAUACGUGGUUACAAAAGAAGAUUUGGAACCGCUGGCGGAGAAUUGCACCAAAGUGUACGUGUGGCACACCCGCACACAAACACCUUCAAUACUCAACCCGAAGAAAUUGAAACAUCCUCCUAUGCCUGAUGGACAUAUUGAAGUGUGAACUCGAUACUGCCGUAAAGUAUUAAAGAUUCAAUGCGACGAUCAAAUAUUUUGAAUCUAUAAUUCAUUGUGGAUAUCUGGUGUAUUGACCUUGAUUGACACAGCCAUAUUGUAUUACUAAUUUAAUAUUGCGAUCAACAUUUUUAAUUUAGAAUUUAAUAUGGCUAUCAACUAUUUUGAAUUUGGAAU